AUGAUAAAUCUGUGAAUUUCAUUCUGCGCUUAUAUUGUCGGUACCGCCCAGCAAGACAGAAUGACGAAGCUAGCAUCAGCAUUGUACUUCAUAGCUGUUGUAUGCAUGGGUCUUCACACAGCUCAAGCACUUCAGUGCUAUCAAUGCGACAGUAACACAGCAUUGGUCAAUUGUACCAAGGUCCAGAAAGUGGUGACUUGUGACAGCAAUGUUCAUGAAUGCUGUACUAUUGCUGAAGCAGGCACAUUCAGCUUUGGCUUUAAGUACAAAUACUUUGGAAAAGGCUGUAAAGGAAGAAAUCACAAGAUACCUGAUAAAGUCUUUUUAUACAGCUUUAGCACACAAUGUUGUGGGCAAUCACUUUGUAACACUAGUCAAAUCAGCCAAGCAAGCUUUGUUCUCGUUUUCUGCCUGAUUCUGGUCUCAAAGAUGAUUGUAAUCUAGUUCUAAAURUCCAUGCUUUUGAAAGAUCAAUGGAUGGAUCGGUAGUAGUAAUAUGAAAGGCAAAUUAUUAUUAUUAUUAUUUGAAAUACUUUGAUUUUAAAAAUUAGGUAUAUUUUUCUA